GUGUGCUGAUUGCUAAUGCUGCUGGCUCUUCAGUGCAUUAUUAUUAAACGUCUCGUACACAUGCAGUAGAGUGCGGCGCUCGUGCAUUUGCGAGCAAGUAAGUAUAACAAGAGAGAAAAAAAGUAGUGCAAGGAGGAAUCUUAUAAGUCGACAGAGAGAAAAAAACAAGCGCGAGCUGCGUGGAAUCAGUCAUCGUAACUCAUCGAGCACACGCAGUGAGCACGCGAAGAAAAGAAUCUCGUAUUCUCACAUAGAGAUACGUGCUCGAGUACGAGGAAAAGUGAGAAAAAGAGACACGGACGACGCAAGUUUUCCAGGUUAACUACGCGACGGCCCGUUUUUCCACGUAGUCAGGGCCUCAAAAUCGCACACGCCGCUGUCGCCGCCGCUUCGUGUGAAUACGCACGAUAGAUAAACAACAUGCGCUCAGUCCAAUCAUCAGAUGACUGCUGUUGAGCGUCAUUAUUGGAAAACUGAUUGCCGAACAACUUAGCCUCUAACGUGUGUCUUAAAACAAAGAAAGAGAAGUCAUAGUACUUUUUGUUUUGCUCUGAUUUUACACUGCUUAGUCGGCAAGAACGUUCUUGCUGCAGUUCAAUCUAUUACAAUUUCUGUGAAGUUGUGGGAGUUGUUUCUCGAAAGAUGUAAUCGCCUUCACUGCACCCCACUUGGCUAUCCUAGUUUUUGAAGUUGUCAACGAUUCGGAGAAUUAACUUGAAUUAAAAUUGGCAUAAGAUAAUUCAUUAUCAUGGAGCAUCAUGAGGCAGUUUACGAACAAAUUAUUGAUGUGAGCAACCCAAAUCAGGGCUCUGAUUUUUUGUCUCACCACUUGGUUCAAGAGAUUGUUGUUCCAAAUGACAACAAUCAAGAAUCAAGCAUGAACUGUGAAAUUGCUGGCAUGGAUAUUAUAUUGCCUAACGAUUGCAUUACUGUACAAGAUCAAUGCAAUAGGAAUGUUAUGAUCUAUAACACAGAUGGCAUGGAACAAGAUAAAGAAGCCGAACAAAUAAUUUUACACGAAUCUACAAAAGUUGAACAUAUUUUGCAUGUGAAUAAUAUUGGUAGCAGUAUCAACUACAUGGAAAAUCACAAAGAGGUGAAAGUGCAAGAAUAUAUAUUACACGAUCAAACUACUUAUAAUCAAGAAGAUUAUCAAGUGGCUAAUUCGGUUUUAAUAACCACUGGGGAUACUCGUGAUGCAGGAGCUGUUGCUGAAACAACAACAGAUCAUGUAACAGCAUCAAUCCCUAUAAGUGAGUCUACUCAUGUCCCAACAAAUCAUGUCUCCUCAGAUACUUAUGUUAUUAUAAGUAGUGGUCAGAGUAUUGUAAAUAAUAUUGGUGAAGAAAGUAAAUGUGUAGAAGAACAAGAAGAAGAUAUCAAACCAAAACAAAAUAAUGCACAUAUGGAAACUAGAGAAAAUCUUCUCGUGAUUGAAAAUGAAGUUGCAGAUGGUAACUUAAUUCCUAUGACUAUUACAGAAUUACAAGUUGAUUCUCAAAUUGACUCCCAAAUUGGUUCUGUAAAUGAAGAGAAUAACGAAAAUUUAACAAACACACCUGUAAGCAAGGGCAGUAUUAAUGCAGAGCCAGAGAAGCAUUUUGAAAACUCUUUGCCCAUGGAAGAAAGUCAAAAUGGUGAAAUUGUAACAGAAGGUCAAAUUCUGACAAAUUCUGAUGACAUUGCAGUGAUGGCUGAAUUUAGUACUAUAGAGUACAGUGCAGAAGAAGAAGUAGGAGCUGCGCAAGAUGAUAAAAGUGAACAAGUGGCAGAGCAGCUUCAGGAGCAAGUACAUGAGGAUGUUCAGGGAGAAGCAGUGAAAAAGGAGUUGAAAGAAAGUAAUAACGUAGCAGUUGUGAUUGAAACAAAGGGAGAAACGAUCGAGAGUAAGUUAGAAUUGACUGGCAAUGAAGAAGUCAAUUACAAUCAAUCAAGUCAAGAAGAAGAUGAAAUUGAUUUACAUUUAUCUACGCAAUCGAAUGACAGCCACCGUAAGGUCAUUCAAGAUAUCUUUGACGACUGGCAAGAUGAAAACUGUGAAGAAGAUAACAACCAAUCAGUGGGUACUUUCAAAGAUCAUCAAGAUUCUGUAGAAAAAGAGCUACAGAACUUAUUGAAUGACGAUGCACAACAGGUACAAACUGUCUCAAGUACCAAUGCAGCUGAGAACGCCGUAAGCUGUGACGAUAAUGUUGAACAAAGUGGUAAUAGUUUGGUGGAAAAGAGUAGAAGCUCAAAAUCGGAUAAAGCAAGGCUCCAGGACAAGAAGUCCUCUGAAAGAUCUACAGGCAAGACCUCCAAGUCGACACUAAGUCGAUCUUCAACCAAAGAUAAGUCCCAUGGCCAUUCAUCUAAAAGUGUGAACCAGGAUGAUACCAAGAAAGUUCAUCCUCGACCAGGCGUCAAGGUACCUGGUUCUCAUUUAACAAGUCCAAUCGCAUCGACGGCAGAAGUGACUGAAGCUUUGAACAAGCGAUUGCGCGAAAAACAGAAAGACUUGGUAGUGCCAAAAACCGCUGACAUCGUUUUCGUCAAAAAAAUUUCGCAACGUUUGUCCAAUCAGCUCUCUCAGGUGGUAGCAUCCAUGCCACCCUUGACAGCGGGACAGCAAACGCCAGCAGCCAAUGACCUCGAUAAGGACAAGUCCAUUGAAGAAGUAGUCACGGCGACGAGCAAAGCUUCAUCUGUGUCCGACAACAACGAAUUGCUGGCUAUUUUGGAAGGCGAUGCCGAUCCCGAGUGGUCUAAUCUGAACCCUGAAAAUAACAAAACGUCCAAUCCCAAUUCAAAUGCCAGCUCAAGUGGCAAGUUAGAUCCAGCUCUGGAACGCGAAUUAGCCUUGAAGCAACUGCUAGAGUUACCCAAUAUUACGUCAAAAAAGAGUGCAGUAAGUUCCAGCGCACCAAAGAAAUCUAAUAAAAAGAUGCCUAGCAAAGAGAAAGAAUCAACGAAUAAAGUGCCUAAAGAGCAGACACGAAUGAAACCCAUCAAAGAGGAGCCAAGGUCAAAUCCAACAGAAGACGGUGAAAUCAUAAGUUUAGAUUUAGCUGACGAGAAUUCACAAAAAAAGACGAAAAAACCUCAGAACGAAAACAGCCAAAAUACGCGCAAUAGUGCUGAAAUCAAAGUUGAAAUAGGCAUUGAAGAAUCAAGAUCCGGAAGAAAACGUAAACUCACGGAGAAGGCCCGCGAGCAUGAACUCGCUGUCAAGAGACAAAAAGUAUUCAAGAAUAAAGCCGCGGAAAGUAAGAAGCUACCACAGGACGAUGCUGAUGGGGUCAAACAAAAGGUUGAUGACGCAAAAUCAGAACAAGUUAGAAUCGAUUUAGAAUCUGCAACCGACGAUAAAUCAGCUGAAGUUAUGACGAAACAAGUAAAAAGUGAUCCUAAAUGUAGUUCGCCGAAGACCGAAACUAAAACUAUCAAGAGUAAAGUUCUUCCUCUUAAAAAAUCGAAACUUGGACUUCUAAAAAAGAAUACUUCGAUUACUAGAAGAAAACUGGCAGUAAAGAAUUUAUUGAGACAGAAAGCAGUAAGCAAGAAUGCAAAGCCCAAGAUUCCGGCUGCAUCUUCACCCAAAAAAGCUGAUACCACAUUGUUAAAAAGUACAUCAGAAAAAACGGUGACGCCUGCGGGUUUUGCUCAUAAAGGCAAAAAAGUUUCCGAAAUCGACAGGCUGCUCCAAGAUGAAGGCGUUGUCAAUCUUUUGUACGACGUAAAACAACCAGAUUCUAGAAAAAGGCUUGUGCCAAUUACGAAAUCGCAGAAAAAAGUAAUGGACGUUGAAAAGGCCGAAAGAGAGCUAAAACUCAGGACCAAGCUCGUCAAAAAUGCAGUGCUGAGAUUGAGGAAUUCAGCAUCGACUACGGUCAAGAUAUCACCAAGAUCCAGGCGUAGUGCUGCUUCCGAUCAAUCCAUGCCACAAUCUGAGAAAAAAGUAAGCGAUGUAACUAAAACUAAUAAACCACUGAGUUCGGCCCCGUCAGAGUCUACGGACUUUGUUAUUCCGGCAAAGAUUCGCAACGCAGCAGACGCUUCCAGAAUCAUUCGUAGACAUUCCUCGAGUUCGUUUUCCAGUGCCUCGGCAAGUCCACGUGUCAGUAUAGAUGUGCCUCCGGAGUCAAUAAAGCUUGACGAGUUUGAAGCUUUAGUUAAAUCUAAGAGAAAACUUUCACACGAUUCGAUUGACAAACUUGAUCCAAAAAAAACUAAAAAAAAGGCUGUUAUCAGCAAAGGCGAGUCGGAGGAUAAAGAUGAAUCGGAUAAAUCACCGUCCAAAAAAGCCACAAGGUCAAACGCCAUUAUCGCAUCCAAAGUGCCCCCUAAAAGCAAGAAAGUGCCAAAAAGCAGAUCGUCCUCUGAAGCUCUGUGGAACGAUGUAAAGGGAGCAUCGAGGGACCAGGAUGAAUUAUCAGCUUGUUUAGCUGAAGCUGUAUCAGCCCUGCAAUCGAGUAUCAAUGGCGGCUCGUCACGUUCAGCAAGUACAUCUACUAAUCGUAAGAGAGGACAUUCGAAGACACAGUUGGACGACGAAAAAUUAGACAAUAGGAAAUUUAGCAAUAAAGAAAUAAAUGUUAGACAGCACGGUCACCUUGCACAAUUAAUCCUAACUCCAUCGGGGCCUGUAUCUGGCAUUCGAAACGCCAUUACGAUUCCAGUAAUGAAUGAAAUCCGCGAAGCAUUGUCAAUUCUUCGAAACGACAACGAUUGCAGAGUUGUUUUAUUGACCUCUACUGGUACUAGUUUUUGCGAGGGCCUGGAACUUUCAUAUUUACAACAGUCGAACAGAGAGGAGCGAAAAGUUCGAGCAGAAGAUAUGGCCAAGGCUGUCAGAGAUUUCGUCAGAUCAUUAGCUGCAUUUAAUAAGCCCAUUGUGGCAGGUGUGCAAGGUGCAGCUAUAGGAUUAGGUGUUACAAUGCUGCCUUUAUUCGAUCUUGUGAUAGCCAGUGACAAGGCAACAUUUAGUACUCCCUACGGAAAACUUGGUCAAAUAGCCGAAGGAGCUGCAGUUUUAACGUUAUCUCACAGUCUUGGUAGUGCUGUGACGAAUGAAUUAUUACUUGGGGGUCGGACAUUAACAGCUAGCGAGGCCUUGAGAGCCGGAUUAGUUACAAGAGUUUUGUGGCCUGAUAGAUUCCAAGGCGAACUCUUACCUUCGUUAAAAGUCAUGAGCGAGCAAUCUGCACAGGCAAUGGAAGCGACAAAAGCUUUAUUACGGCACAGCCUGCGAAAAAAAUUAGAUGUCGCUCUUGAAUCCGAAAGUUUUCUUCUUAUACAGCACUGGUGUUCUGAAGAGUGCCAGGAAGCAAUCAAGGCUUAUAUCGAGGAGAAGGGUCAGUAAAUAUAUACACAGACGCGAGUGAUAAAUCGAGCUACGAAUUAACGGGGUCAAAAACUCAAUUUUUCUUAAUGCCUAGGCUGUAAGAAUUAUUUGGUAACAUUGUACAGAUCUAUUUGUUAAUUAACGAAUACAGAUAACAAAUGUCAAGUUUGCUUUUCGUAUUCAACACAAUCAUGUUACGCAAAUAACUUGGACAAUCUAACGUUCUUCAAGAUGUUAGUUUAUAUGCGAUUUAUUUACUAAAAUAUUCUAAUUAAGUUCUUUUUCAAUGGCAGAUUCCUUUAGGAUUAUAAUUAUUAUUUCUGUCAAGCAAUCAUUAAGUACAACAAAUACCAUCAUUUUCUUUUGCAACAAAUUUGCUUCUACUUUACAAUCUUCUGCACAAUUUGGCUUAAUACAGAUAUCGCAGGUGUGAUAAGCGAUAUGAUGAAUUUGGAUUUGAAAUAUUUUUACUGUAGUUUUUCACCAUUCAACCACAAUCCAGAAGAAAAUUAUUACAAGUGCGAUGACGCCUUAUUAGUGUUGACGUUGACGACACUAUUUCGGAUGGCGACACGAUUAAUUUUACAUAAUUAAGAUUAAGAUGAUUUAUUGUAAAACUAAGUGAUUUAUGCUAGAGUAUUUUAAUACCAUACUUUUAAGUUUAAGUCCAGAGCUAUAUAUCACGUAAAUAAGCAUUUUUCAAUACUUUAUGUUACAAAUCGUUUUUUGGAUUUAAACAAUGAAAAGGUCCAAUUAAAUGAUAAACUUGUUUUUUUAUUGUCACCUCUAUCGUCUACGUUGAUGUAGGAUUUUCUGUUUAUAUAAAUAUGUUUGGUUUGAAAAAAUUUAAAUGAUUUGUAUCUAAAACAUGAUAAAUAAAAAUAAUUAUUUUUAAGCAUAUUUAGGUGUUUUAGCCGCGCAUAAGCUGAUAUUACUGUCUUACUCAUAAAAUUGUCAAACAAUCAACCUCGAUUGAAACAUCGCCGUAUUUGUUAAACACGACCAAAAAAUUGUAUUUAUGAACCUGUUCAAAUGAAAAAAGUCACUGAACUUUGUAAAAACAUUACUUAACGGGCAGAUCAAAUCUUCGUAGCGAUUACGAAUUUAUUCAUUAUUAAUACGUAUGGAUUGCGUAGCAAAAUUCUGUACUUUGUUUAGCUUUGUGUAAAAUAAAAUGUUUUGAAUUUUAGAAGAAAAGUCGAGAAUAGAAUACGUUAAAGACAAACAUUGAUGAAUAUUUGAUGCAGGUAAUUAAUUGGCUAUUUCAAGCCAAUAUAGCAACGAGAUUUCUGUAUUCAGAUAGAUCAAAUAUAAAAUAUCUCAAGAGAUAUAAUUUUUCACAGUAUCGCUCGUUUCCUGUUUGAAUGGAAGCAUUAUAUUAAAAUUUUUUAAAGAUAUAAUUUGUUUGGUGUGAAAUGAGAAAGUGCACAGUGGACAACGGCCAACUGCAAAGCGUUGUGAUGUAAUGGAAGGUAGGAAUGGAACGAUCAAUUGUUAUUGGUCGGGCGUUGUUUCUUUAUUGAAUAACAAAUAGAAUAGUUUGAAGAGCUAUUAAGGCCUAUUGCAUCGAUAAUUAUUGCCCGCUACUGAUAGUUAAUAAGAUUGGAUGUCGGCGAGCUCGAGAUACACUUUCUGAAAAAAUGUCUCGUUUUUCAUUGAACUGCGGCCAACUUUUCGAGAUAAACGCGCGUUAACAUUCAAGGCAAUUGAAGUGAAUGCAAUGCCGAUGAAGCGAGCAAGUGUAGAUUUAGGCAUAGCUGUAUAUAGAUAGCUGGCAUCGGACAAUUGUUGUGAUACUACAUUGAAACAGUUGGGUUUCCUUGUGUUUUUACGCGCUCAAUGCAUCUAUCGAGAGCUGCUCGAUGUUAUCUAGAGUUCGCACGGUGAAUGACAACGCCUAGACUACUUGCGCGGCUGCUGCAACUUUAGUCAACGGUUAUUUGACACUAUAACGUGUACUUUACCAAGUCAUAAAUCAUAUUGCAACGCGAACCAGUAAGGCUUUAAUCUGAGUUGCACACAUCUAGCAAAGGUAAUGAGAUGAGAUACAAAUUAACGUAUAUGUUUAAGUGACAACUGAUUUUAUAAGGGUGGAAAGGAAGGGGGAAUUCGGGUAUGGUAGAAGGUACAAAACAAUACACAAUUUUCUUCAAAUAUCUAGGUUUCUAUUACUUAUCACUUACUGUUGCGUAAGCAAACAAUAUCUCGACAGUGAUUUCUUAAUUCUUUUUUUUUUCAAUGAUUGUUUUUAAUAUCUACUGUAUGUUUGUCGCUAUUAGGUAAUUUUAUUUUAUCUCAUUGUCUAUUCAUAUUAUUUUUUCACUGUGAAUGUGUAACAUUUCGAAAAAAAUGUUUUGAUUUGUAUUGUUCACAAUUGACAGUUUGGAUGUUAUUAAAAUCGAUCUUGUGUUCAUAUAAACUAACGUGUUCAACAAAAGCUGACGUGUCUUCUUUUUAUACACUCCGUAUGAUAGCACGCCGUGUCUUAAAUGCGCGUCCAGCGCACGCGUUUCCGUGUCUUAAGUGGCUGAUUCUGGCAUGUUAUAUAAGCCUAACUUCCCACCGGUUCUCUACGCACACUUGACAUUUGUUUUUAGUUAUUAUUGAAAUAAUUGAAAUAAAUAAAAUAUAUUUAUAAUAUGAUAAUAGUACAUUACGAUACAAGUGCGGGAAAGUAGAUUCUUGUCUCGUGUGGCGUUUACACCCGAGCGAGGCGAGGGUGGAAAGGUACACGAGACGAGAAACUCUUUCCCGAACAUGUGCCGUACCGUAUUUUUUGAUACGACGUAUGGAAAGUGUGAUUUUCAACGCACUUUUUCUAUCGAGUGUGCGAGAAAGACGCACUUUGCGCACGGAGUAUCGAAAAAUUAAUUUAUUCAUACAAUGAUACUCAUAAAAAAAUAAAUUGAAACAUAUCUUGGACAUUGAAAAAACUUCUAAUGAAAACAAGUACACAAAAAACAUUGAUAAAACUAUUUAAAAUAAAAAACCAUUUAAGAAUAUUUUUUUAACAGCAUUAUAGAAACUUAUUAAUAAACCUAAUCAAUAGUUCCCUCGAAUAAGUGGUUUUUCCAUUUUGGGCUUCAU